AUGUCAGAUAACAAUAAUAAUACAAGCAACAGACAUAAUGGCGACACUGAUUUUCAAGGGUUGAAUGAUGACAUUGAUAGCAUUUACAAGACGUAUACGAGCAAUAACAAUGGAAGCGUUGAGAGCUUAGAUUCCGAAAAGAAUCGGUAUGUCUUCAAGUACGGUGACUCCUCAAAUAAUCAACUACCCUCGGUACAUAUUUCAUCCAGAUUAUCAUCUAUGGAUCCAUCAAAUUCUGAGGGGUUUGCUUCAAAGAGCGCGCCUGGGACUCCCUCGUCAUUAGGGUCGUUUGAUUUUCGGCCCAGGUACCCCCGUGCUGUCACCAACUCUUCCCUAAACGUGUUGUUGGAUACAACGAGUGCAAAUUCGGACUUUAAGAGUAUGGCAGAUUCUCGGGUGAAUAAUUCGGGUGAAGAUGUAAACACUUUGGAUGACGAGAUUCCGAAAUCAUCAGAAUACAGGAAGAACGAGCGGGACUGGCGAGAGGAGGGAGCCGCUGUCAAGACUGUCAAAAGCUCAAAUGGCGAAGUGUCAACAAUCAGGAGAAGUGUGACCGAUUUUAAGUUUGGUAAAGAAUUGGGCGAGGGCUCGUAUUCGACUGUCAUACUAGCUACUGACAAGAUAACUAAUAAAAACUACGCCGUAAAGGUGUUGGACAAAAGGCAUAUAAUAAAAGAAAAGAAGGUGAAAUAUGUCAAUAUUGAAAAGCAUGCAUUGAAUAGAUUGAGUAAUAGAAUGGGAAUCAUCUCCCUCUACUUUACAUUUCAAGACAAGGACUCGCUAUAUUUUGUUUUGGAUUAUGCGUCAAAUGGCGAGCUAUUAUCGUUGAUCAAGCAACACAACACUUUAAAUGAAGAUUGUACUAGGCAUUUUGGUGCACAAAUUUUAGAUGCAAUAAAGUACAUGCAUGAUAAUGGGAUCAUUCAUAGAGAUAUUAAACCCGAAAACAUUUUGUUGGACGAUAAAAUGAGGAUUCAGAUUACUGAUUUUGGAACCGCUAGGAUAUUGGAGAAAAAGAAUGACGAGAGCGAGGAUUAUCCUUUGGAUGUGAGAGCCAAGUCUUUUGUGGGAACGGCGGAGUACGUGUCGCCGGAAUUGUUGGAGAGCAAGUUUUGCGGAAAACCGGGUGAUAUCUGGGCUUUUGGCUGUAUCAUAUACCAGAUGAUUGCAGGAAAACCACCUUUUAAAGCAACCAAUGAGUACUUGACUUUCCAAAAGAUCACUAAGCUUCAGUAUGCGUUUAGCGCAGGAUUUCCCACAGUAAUCCGAGAUUUGAUUAAAAAGAUCCUCGUCCUUCAGCCAUCGAGAAGAGCAACCAUUCCCGAAAUACAAAGCCAUUUCUUUUUCAAGGAUGUUAACUUUGAUGACUACAACCAGAUCUGGCUAACUGAACCACCAGAGCUUGGGCCAUAUAAAAUGACUGCAAAGUCAAUGAUGAAGGUUCCUGAUAUCAUCAAGCAUAGUACAUCUUCGGUCAUUCCCAAGAAAAAACUGAGCAAACCACUCAAGCCUAGUGGGGAUGAAAAUACGGGAGGUUUAAAGCCGCGCAAUGGUGCAGUUGGACCAAAUUCAUCGGUAAGGAAAACCAGCAACUCCGAGGUUGCGGGCAAUGUGAACCCAGCAAACGCAGCUGCGUAUGCUUUGCAUAAACCAUUGACUGCAUCAGAUACCAGCGUAUCAGAUAGCACAUCUGGCUCAAAGGAUAAUUCAGGUGAGAGCAGGAAGCCCUCUCGAGUUUCACAGCCAGAAUAUAUACCAGGGACUAACAUUUUGAGACCACAGAUCAACACUCGACCAUCAGUUCAAUCUUACAAAACAAGCCGUGAGAAAGCAAAGCCAAUAAACAAACUGAAACCAAAUGUCAUGGAGGUCAAACCAGCGGGUACAUUAGAAGCCGCGUGGGGUGACUUUUUGAAUCACCCAGAUGAAAGAGUCAUUCGUGUUGGAUCUGUCAUUGUGCAUAAAGAACCUACAGAAAGCUUUGAGAAGAAGCAUAAAGGCUCUUUGCAUGCUUCUCCAUUGGACGCUUCAAGCACACUGCGCAACCGUUCAGGGACCAGUUUACUUUCACAAAUGGUGAAUGGCGUGCCUGAAAAACAUCUGGAUAACGUCGAUGAGAAGGUCGCUAUAAAAGAACCUUAUGAGGAAUCACUUUUGAAAAGAAGCAGCAGCAAAAAGAGUAGCAGGAAAAGCAGUGACCUCGAAAGGUCGCACUCAACAACCUCAAACAAGAUUUCCAAACGUUCAUUUUUCAAGAAAUUGGGUUUGUCACAAAGUGAAAAGAAAGAUGACGGAGAAGAGGAUGUUGUCAAUCAUUUUUCCCUUGAUAAACCUCAGAUCAGCACCAUGAUUGUGACAACUCAUGGAAGGGCACUAAUUUUUGCAAGAAAGGGCCUAGAAUCAGAGUACGAAGUCAUUCUCUCGUUUCAGUUGAAAUUUCCAUUUAUUAGGUUCCAAGAGUUGGUAUCAGCCCAGAAUAGAUUUUCCAAGUUGUUGCCUACAGUAGGUGUAUUUACAAUUACAUCAACUGAGCUGACGUAUGUAUUUGAGGUGGAAAAGUUUGAGGUAACCCAGUGGACUGAAGCUUUGACAAAGAGCCGUAAUAAUGAAUUAGAAAGAGAAAAGCUCGAGUCUGGCGCACCAGUCGCUAAAGGAAGUCCAAAACUUCCUGCACCCACUGCACCCAAGUCCAAUAUUGAGCCUUCAGCAUCUGCAGCAUCGGCCAGGGAGCGCCCUUACUCGCCAAACUUAAAUGAUCUGCUAGUCCUAACACUGGUUAAAUCCAAGCCAAAGACUUCAUCUGAUAAGGGAGCCAGGCAUUCACCGCCAGAGACUACAAGGUCUUCUCUCAGAGAAACGCCGAAAUCAGCCCACUUGCUCAAAACUAGGAUGCAGCGGUCAACCCCAAAAAGGAAACCUCCCCCAGUUAGUCCUCCUAACGAGGUGAACACAACUGGGUUGCCAAAGAAUUCUUCCGAUACUGGAUUUUUACAUGCAGCAAAGUUAGCAGUGGCGCACAAUGCACACAUUCCUAUGUCAACCAACAGACGAUCCAGCUUUACAAAAGAAGACGGAAGAAAAGUUGAUUUAAACAGUACGAGAAUAACCACGCGUGGCCAUGGAAAUUCGUCUAGUAACCCUUCUCUGCCGGUCGUCACGAGUCUGAAUUCAAAAUUUUUGGCCAGGAGCACAAGAAAGUGA